GAUAUUUUCCAUUGUUUUUUUUUUGUCUAUGUCAGGUUUUUCAAUUUGUGAGUAGAGGGACAUUCAAAUGUUGAUCUAGAAGUCAAAAGGUUGAGUCACUUUCAGAAUAUUUGUAUUCUUUUUGGUUUGCCAGAAGGGGGCAAGAAGUUGUCACCCCUGUAUACAUGAUUUGUAAAAUAACAAUGGGUAAACUGGAUAAAAAACAACAGAGAGAGGCAUUUUUUAGGUUUUAUGACCUUGAUCACAAGAAAAGUGCACAGUUGAACUUGUCAACACUACUACUUUCCCAAAGCAAUAGUUAAAUACUGUAGUGGCCAAAAGUGAAGAUUGAAGUGACUAUUUGCAAAUUAUUUGCUUUUUAUAACCGUACAAGUCAUAAAAUAUGGGGAGUAUGGUACAAAAUUGAGAACUCCUAAUGUGAUUGUUAUUUAAUUUAUUGAUAAUUUGGCAGGAGGGCAAACUAUAUGGGUUUUAUUCUAAUAUGCAAAAAAUGCAUAGAAAACCAAAAGCUUACAGCAAAUAUUAAGCAUACAUUGACUACAGUUUCAUCAGUUACUUAUAUUUUGUUGAUCCUUUCUUUUAUUUGUUUAAAAAACAGACUGAGCCUUAACCUUAUAGGCUUUGCGCAUGUGUUGUGUUGUAAAGUUUGCCCAAAGCAUGAAAUACAUUUUAUUAUAGACAUCAAUUGUCUUAGUGCGAGCAUCACUUUUGGUCACUACAGUAUAUAGCCUUUAAAAAGUUGACAUUUUACUUUUGAAGACCUGACACUUCUUUUUCAAAAAAUGUCACGUAGCUCUCUAUCUAUCCUAUUAUCACCGCCAUCUCUAAUUGGUUUCCCAAAGGUAAUUACACAUCAACUCUGAUACACUGGAUGACAUGGACCGGAACGAGCUUUCACCCGGGUCGGAUGUUGCCAUGAAAAACACAGCGGCCCAUAACAACACAGCCGAACACAACUGCACCAGUAACAGCAGCGCAAAGGGUUGCAUAGAGUCCAACUCUGAUGCGCUCUUGAAAGGCACUCACUUAGCCAUGCAAGAGGCGGAUGAAGAAGACACUAAGUUUCAUCACCCUCGGCUGAGGAGAGCCGGUGGUGGAGGAGGAGGAGGAGGAGGAGGAGGGGGCAGCAUCCGGAUUAAAAACUGCACACCGGGAGGAGGAGCCGCGUCAAGGAGCGCCGCGCACCAUGAGCAGUCCAGUGCCACAGAUGCGCGCCCGGCUGAUGCUGAGGGUCGCCACAACAUCAAAGGAGGUAACGCGUCUACCGUAGUGGCCAGCGUGACAGUAGAGGCUUGUGAUGUUGCAAGCGAAGCCGAAGGCAAUAACACCCCAACACCGGUUUCCAGCAUGAAAUGCAACAAGAACGGGGAAUGCAGGCGGGACUCCGGUACGGGGAGCCUGCGGUCAGUCUUGUCCAAAUCGGAUAGACGGGCAGCGUGCAAUUCAGCGACAAGCAUGGAUGGUAUCACCACUCCCGUCGGCUCCCUAACUCAGGGGCAGGAAGCCUCGAAUCCCGGCACGACGCCCGUUUCCACAGUCCCGGAGAAGAAAGAAUCGAAAGUGUCCUUUUCCAACGCCCCAAGUCGGAAAACCUCUUCCUCCAUCCACGGCAACCAACAGCCCCGGAACUCGGUGACAUUUCUCAAAUCCGAGGACGCGUCUCAGAACGGGGCCGAUGAUGGCGAAACCCAGGGCAGCCAGGCGAGCUUCAUGCAGCGGCAGAUCAGCAGCAUGCUGCAGCCCGGGGUCAACAAAUUCUCGUUACGCAUGUACGGGAGCCAGAAAGAGGUGGAGAAAGAGCAGGAACGCGUGAAAUCUGCGGGCAACUGGAUCAUUCAUCCAUACAGCGACUUUAGAUUCUAUUGGGAUUUUACUAUGCUCCUCUUUAUGGUGGGCAACCUGAUAAUUAUACCUGUCGGCAUCACCUUCUUCAAAGAGGAGACCACCACGCCCUGGAUCAUCUUUAACGUGAUCUCCGACACCUUCUUCCUCAUGGACCUGGUGUUAAACUUCCGCACAGGCAUCAUAAUCGAGGACAAUUCAGACAUUAUCCUGGAUCCCAAGACCAUCAAGACGAAGUACCUGAGGACCUGGUUUAUUGUAGACUUUGUCUCGUCCAUUCCGGUGGAUUAUAUCUUCCUGAUUGUGGAGAAGGGCAUCGACUCGGAGGUGUACAAGACAGCUCGGGCCCUAAGGAUUGUGCGUUUCACCAAGAUCCUGAGUUUGCUGAGGCUGCUGCGUCUCUCUCGUCUGAUUCGAUACAUUCAUCAGUGGGAAGAGAUUUUCCAUAUGACCUAUGACAUGGCGAGUGCAGUGAUGCGGAUAUUCAACUUGAUAGCGAUGAUGUUGUUGCUGUGUCACUGGGACGGCUGUCUGCAGUUUCUGGUGCCCAUGUUGCAGGAUUUCCCCUCUGACUGCUGGGUUUCCCUCAACAAGAUGGUGAAUGACACAUGGAGUGAGUUGUAUUCGUUUGCUGUGUUUAAAGCCAUGAGCCACAUGUUGUGUAUAGGUUACGGACGACAAGCUCCAGAGAGUCUCUCUGAUAUCUGGUUGACGAUGCUCAGCAUGAUUGUCGGAGCCACCUGCUACGCCGUCUUUAUCGGACAUGCCACGGCCCUCAUCCAAUCCCUGGACUCAUCGCGACGCCAAUAUCAGGAAAAGUACAAACAAGUGGAGCAGUACAUGUCUUUCCACAAACUUCCAGCGGAUUUCCGACAGAAGAUCCAUGAUUAUUACGAGCACCGUUACCAGGGCAAGAUGUUUGAUGAAGAGAGUAUCCUUGAGGAACUCAAUGAGCCGCUCAGAGAGGAAAUAGUGAACUUUAAUUGCAGAAAGCUGGUGGCCUCCAUGCCCAUGUUUGCCAACGCUGAACCCAACUUCGUGACAGCCAUGUUGACAAAGCUCCGUUUCGAGGUCUUCCAGCCCGGCGAUUACAUCAUCCGUGAGGGAACUAUUGGCAAGAAGAUGUACUUCAUUCAACACGGCGUUGUGAAUGUUAUCACCAAAGGAACCGUUGGGUUGAAACUUUCUGAUGGCUCCUACUUUGGAGAGAUUUGUCUGCUGACCAGAGGUCGACGUACAGCAAGCGUACGAGCAGACACCUACUGUCGCCUGUACUCUCUCUCCGUGGACAAUUUUAAUGAGGUGUUGGAGGAAUACCCCAUGAUGAGGAGGGCAUUUGAGACUGUAGCCAUUGAUCGACUGGACCGAUUGGGAAAAAAGAAUUCCAUCCUGAUGAACAAAGUACAGCACGACUUAAACUCGGGCAUCCUAAACAACCAAGAGAACGAGAUGAUCCAGGAGAUCGUUAAGUAUGACCGCGAGAUGGUGAAACUAAUAGAUCUGCAGCGUCCGCGUGCCAUGUCCAUGACGUCAUCAAUUCCCGGGGGGAUCUUUGCUCCACCUGGGCAAUCGCAGGGCAACUCUGCCAUUGCCACACUCCAGCAGGCAGUAGCUAUGAGCUUCUGUCCACAGUUUGGCCCUAUGGUGGGCCCGAGCACCAUGCAGUCACCCAGGAUGGUACGACGGUUUCAGGUGGUACAAAACAUUUCCAGCCCAGCAGCCGUUUCUCCUCAGCAGAUGCAACCUUCAGGUUCGGUACCGUUCGGGGCGCUUGCUGCCAUAGCUAUGGCCAGUACUCCGAUGCAAAGUCCAUUAGUGGCGGCAGGAAGCCGGACAUUUCAGUAUGGAAGCGGUCCAGUGGGUGGUGUGCGCUCUGGCUCUCAGCUGUCACUUAUUCAACAGCACGUCCCCAGUCCAACACGCCCCACCCUGCUCAAGGGCCCCCAUCCUUUGCACCAAACGGGCAGCUUGACGCAGGACGCCAGGGCCUUGUCUGCUUCCCAACCUUCUCUCCCCCAAGACGGAGCUCAACCUGUUGGACCCAGCCCUCCACCCUCCACCAAUGCUUCCUCUACGUCAAUCGGCCCACCUCAGGCACCUCACCCCGCCAUCCCCGGGCCCUCUGGGGUCAGGAUUGCUGUAUCACAGAGAAUAGCCCCAACACUUCAGGCAUCAGGGGCAGCAAUUGGGAAUUAUCCAUCCACUCCACCUGCUACAGGCACUCCACCUGGCGUGGUGGGACCAGCACCUUUGGACUCUGCUAUACGCAAGAAAGAUUCCAUAGUCAGCCUUCCUGAAACAGACUUCACAACUAGAUCUAGGCUAUCGUCCAACCUCUGACGAGAACUCUGAGACUCUUCUACUUUCUUGGUCACAGUUUGCUCUUAUUGCCCGAGUCUGGGCCUUCUGUAGAGGAGGUAAGCUCGUGGCUUUUCAUAAGAUCCAAAGUGUGGACAAUGGGACGGACUUAUCGCUACUUAAUUUAAAGUCUCUGCUACAAAUAGAUUGUCGAGGUCGGAUGCCUCUGUUCCACUUGCUUGUGUAGUUACUGCAGUCCUCUGUACAGCUUCAGAUGCCUCUCAAUAUAUUUGUCAUUAUUAUCCCGAAUGAAGGGAAGAUCCUGUUGUGUGUGUGUGUGGCUUGGUGUGUUACGUAAAGUUCAAAUGAUGCAAUGGGGCCUGGCUGACAAGAAAAUCAGGGACUUGCAAGAGAUGACGAUUAUGAAAUUUACCGCUUCGCAAAAGUGUUUCGAAACGCCUUCGUUCUUUCUGUAUAAGCUCUCUGUGUAGCAAUCAAAUUAACUGUCUUUCACAAUGUUGUUGUAUAGUAAUGAAAAAAGUAUUAUGGACCGCUGGCCGAUCUUAUAUCCACUUGUACAUACAGUAGGAGGGAAAAAGGGAAAGAAGUUAUAAUGAAAAAACUAACAAUUGUAUUUACUCAAAAACCAAAGUUGAGCUUGAACACAAAUUUUGGUUGUGUCUGUGUCAACUAAGAAAAAAAACUCCUAUAUUUAACUGCCUUGAUUUGAAGUUUAGAAGCCAUAUACAUGGUUUAUGUGUGUGUGCGGGCGUGUGUGUGUGUUAGUUUGCACAGUUGAUCAUAUAUGCUUAUUGAUAGAGUUUAGUUUAUAAAUCAGUUUCAUCAAAACGAAGUGUAAAGUUCACGUAUGUAGUGGAACGCUUGUAUUUUUUAUGUUGUUUUGUUGGGCACGUCAAGAGACUUUGUUGACCAAGGCAAUACUUUACUGCAGUUGCACUGAGCGUUAAGACUUGAAUUUUUGGGGUUUUCUGCGAAACCCAUUAAAUUAGCAGACAGAAAAUGAAAGAAGCCAAAAGAUUUCUCUUAUUUAUCGUGACUCAUGCUGUAUUUGUGAUCCGUGUUGAUCUGCACAUGCAAUAUAAUUCUGCAAUAUUCUUGCCCUGCCUUUUAUAUAAACCUGUCAUAGCAGCAUAAGCAAUUAAAUCAGCGCCAUUCAAGGAAUGUUUCAAACCUCCUCUUUUAAUGCACUAAAUGAGGCGAUGCAGCUGUUUAAAUAUGUUUUAAUAUUGGUCUUCAGUCUAUAUCUGUUAAAGGAACUAUUGUUUGUUUGAAAUUGUUUGCAGUUUCAACAUAUUUCAGUGAUAAAAGCAGGUUUCAUAAAGUAAAGCGUGAUUUAUACUUCUGCAUAGGACCUACGCUGUAGCCCAGCGUCAGUUUUUAUUUAUUCUUCUGUGUCGUUGUUCACAUCAACGUGCAUCAAUUCCACAUGCAGAUCGCUACUAGGCAAUGUCUACGGGGCAUGUUACACUAUUUAGGCAUCAGCUUGUUGUGUACAUUUUUAAAGUAGCAUCAGCAGUGAUUGAUAGAGGUAAAUAAAUAUCACUAGAGUAAAGGGGUCAUAGCAUUAAAAUUUGACUAAUUGGGUAAAAAGUGCUUUUUUUUUAACCUAAAAAAGUGAAAAAGAACAGUAACUUUGUUUUUGUAAACCAUUCUCUGCAAGCAUGUGAACAAUUAUGUAAUUCAGAUUUCGCCUGUUUUGUGACGUAGGUAGCAAGUCUUAUUAUAAUAAUACCACCCUUUAAUCUGCACUAUCCAAUGAUGGCACUGCCAUUAAGUGCAGAGAGAAAGAGAGAGAGAGAAAAAAAAACAAUUGACAGCCAAUUGAGUUUUAAUUUCAACAAACCACCAUUAUGGUGAUCAGUGUUUGCAUUUCAUCAGCUCAUUUGCAUUUUUAAAGACAUCCAAAAACUGCAAAUUUUUGCUCGCACAUACAAAGUGGCAAUUUUAACAUGCUGUAAUAAAUUAAUUGUAGGGUAUUUUGAGCUAAAACCUUACAUACACUAUCUGUGGUAACCAAAGACUUUUUACUUUUUUUAAAUUCAUAAUAU